AUGGACACCAACGCAACAAGCUUCACCUCGCCUCUGGCCAAUGCCAAGUAUGGCAGCGUCAACGUCCCUCCUCAGGUCGAGUACAUCAUCGAUGCCGUCUCUAACGCGAGCGGAUGGACCAUCUUGUUCACGCUCCUGGCAGUUGCCGUGGCUUAUGAUCAGAUCAUGUAUGUGCUGAGAAAAGGCUCCAUCGCUGGCCCCUCAUGGAAGGCCCCCUUUAUCGGUCCCUUCCUGGACUCCAUGAACCCCAAGUUCGAGCAAUACUACGCAAAAUGGUUGAGUGGGCCGCUCAGCUGCGUCUCUAUCUUCCACAAGUUCGUUGUUAUCGCAUCUACCCGGGAUAUGGCUCGGAAGGUCUUCAAUUCGCCCACGUUUGUCAAGCCCUGUGUCGUUGAUGUUGCUCAUAAACUUCUGGGUGACGACAACUGGGUCUUCCUCGAUGGCAAGAAGCACGUCGAUUUCCGCAAGGGCUUGAAUGGUCUCUUCACCCGAAGAGCGCUGGAGUGCUACUUGCCAGGUCAGGAGGAGGUGUAUAAGCGGUACUUUGCUCGAUUUCUCAGGAUCACCAAGGAGGCCAAUGGAGAGCCGGUCCCUUUUAUGCCCGAGAUGCGCGAAAUCAUGUGCGCUGUCUCCCUCCGUACCUUCUGCGGACACUAUAUCACGGAUGACGCCGUGAAGAAAAUUGCCGACGACUACUACCUGAUCACCGAAGCCCUUGAGCUGGUCAACUUCCCCAUCAUCAUCCCCUUCACCAAGACCUGGUAUGGCAAGAAGGCGACGGAUAUGGUUUUGGUCGAAUUCUCCAAGUGCGCUGCCAAGAGCAAGGUUAGAAUGGCUGCUGGCGGUGAAAUCAGCUGCAUUAUGGAUGCCUGGGUUAAGUCGAUUGUUGACUCCAAGAAAUGGCGAGAAGCCGAGGCGAACGGUCUGUCCACCGAGGGUAUCGAGAAGCCUUCUCCUUUGUUGCGCGACUUCAGCGACUACGAGAUUGCCCAGACCGUUUUCACCUUCCUUUUCGCUUCUCAAGACGCCACGAGCAGCGCCGCUACCUGGCUCUUCCAGAUCAUGGCCCAACGCCCUGAGAUCCUUGACCGUGUCCGAGAUGAGAACUACAAGGUCCGCAACGGCGAUAUCCAUGCUCCGGUCAACUUGGACCAGCUCGAGUCGAUGACAUACACACGUGCCGUGGUCCGCGAACUCCUUCGUUACCGCCCUCCCGUCCUGAUGGUGCCAUAUGAAGUGAAGAAGCCUUUCCCCAUUACCCCCGAUUACACUGUCCCCAAGGGUGCCAUGGUCAUUCCGAGCACGUAUCUGGCUUUGCGGGAUCCUGAUGUCUACACCAACCCUGACGAGUUCGAUCCCGAGCGGUACUACACCGGUGACGCAGAAGAGAAGGGCGCAAAGAACUUUUUGGUAUUCGGAACUGGUCCUCACUACUGCCUAGGACAGCAUUAUGCGCAGCUCAACCUGGCGCUGUUCCUCGGAAAGGCGUCCCUGCUUAUGGAUUGGAAGCAUCACCCAACGCCGAGAUCCGAGGAGAUCAAGGUCUUUGCCACAAUCUUCCCCAUGGACGACUGUCCAUUGACGUUCGUUGAGAGGAAGUGGUGA